AUGGCAACCACAGGUAUGCAGUUACUGGGCCUCAUCAUGUCCAUUGUGGGCUGGGUGAGUGGGCUGAUAGUCUGUGCUCUCCCCUUGUGGCGAGUCACUGCCUUCAUCGGUAACAACAUAGUGACGGCUCAGAUCAUCUGGGAAGGCCUGUGGAUGAAUUGCAUAGUGCAGAGCACAGGUCAGAUCCAGUGUAAGGUGUAUGACAGCUUGCUGGCUCUACCUAGCGACAUGCAGGCUGCCCGAGGCCUCACCGUGCUCUCCAUAAUGAUCUGCGGUGUGGCUCUGGCUCUUGGGGUUGUAGGAAUCAAGUGCACCAAGUGCAUUGGCGUGAACAGCCUCAAGGCCCGUGUUGCUCGCAUCUCCGGUGCCCUUUUUGCCAUCGCAGGGUUCCUCUACCUUGUCCCCAUCUGCUGGACGGCCCACUCCAUCAUCAGGGAUUUCUACGAUCCACAUGUGGCAGCACCCCACAAGCGUGAGCUCGGCCCUGCUCUUUACAUUGGCUGGGGAGCAUCGGCUUUGCUCCUCAUUGGAGGAUCUCUGCUUUAUGCUGGGUCGAGUCCCCCUGGCAUGCCAGGCUCUCCCACCUUCAGCAGCGGAGAGAGCAGUCCCCGCAGGGCACCUGCAACACAGGUCAAAGGUUAUGUUUGA